AUGCCUCAUUCCCCAAUCGGUCGUCCAAUUCGAGUCGGACUUUUCGAGCAUGGAUCCGAUGCGUUCAAAUGUUUCCGCAGUUUGCCUAAACAUUGUACAAAACCUGGAGCCGAGAUUGAGAUUGUGGCAAUGGUGAUGAAAUUGUUGGAUUGGGACUGGGAAGUGGUAGACACAGCUCAAGUCUUUGGUACCAGCGAUUUUGGGGUUCUUCAAGACAAUGGCAGUUACUCGGGUCUUCUGGGUCUUCUCGCGAAUGAGAAGAUUGAUAUGAGUGGACUGUCGAUUCGUGUCACUCCUGAUCGAAUGAAAUUCGUCCAUUUCACUUUCCCAACUCGAUACUUUCAGCAAGUUUACAUCAUCAGGAAACCGCCGGAUGCCGAUUUUCGAAAUUUCAUCUUUUCGACGUUUAGUUUAGAGAUUUGGUUUUUACUGCUAGCGACAAUUGUUGGAGUGGCUUUAUUUCGUUUCUUGGUAAAUGUCUUUGUUCUCAAACACAAAGGUCCAAAGUCUUCAAUUGCUUCGAGAAGUUUACUGGAAACCUACGCAAUGAUGGUUCGUCAGAAGAUCCCCAAUGUUGAUCUUCUUUCUGGAAUGAUCGUCGAAGCAACGAUCAUUUUGGUGACAAUGGUCUUGUACAUCUACUAUCAAUCAUCGAUGAAUUCAAAGCUGACAGCACCCUCGUUGACUGCAAUUCCGUUUAGGCAUCAAAGUCAACUUAUAGAAUUGUUGGAACACCACAAAACCUAUUUGACUUACUUCAACGGGCUUCCGCUACUCGAGGGAUCGACAAAGAAAAAUACAAGACGGCUGAAAAAGCUCAGCACAACAAAUCCGACAGUCGUCCACAGUGAUUCCGAAGAGCUAAACGCUGAAAUCAAAAGAGGUGGCGUUUUCUUUUCCUCUUAUGAUAUCGAAUUUCUUCCAGCACCUAUUAGUACCUGGAAUAAGAAUGAGGGACUUACCGUAAUCCGAGACACCACCGGGAUCACAAGCUACGUCGCCUAUGGGUUCAGUCGAAAGAAUAAAGCGCUUUGCAAUCAAUUCAAUAAAGCUCUUCUCCGAAUUCUUCCCGGUAUCCCACGAAUCAACUCGAAUCCAGGCUAUGCCCAGAAAAAAGAAGCUGAAGAUUUGACGAUCAAAGCACGAACAACUUCACUUUCAUUGAGAAGACAUUUAGAGCAAUUAUUUGAAUUGUAUAUGAUAGGAAUGGGAAUUUGCAUCUUUGCGUUUUUCUCGGAACGCUUGGUGGAUCGCUUUUGGCGGAGUCGGAUUGAGCAAACUUAUGUCGUGGCUGAAGAGGGGACAAAUAUCGAGAGAAUUCGAGAUUUCGUCAGAAAGGUUUCCACGUCGACUCUUCGCCGAAUCGAUCGACUCGACUCGACGAAUACGCUCGAAAUCUCGCAACGCGGUGCUAUAAGUGAAUUGGAAGCGAUUCCCGAAGAUGAUAAUGACUCGAUUUUCACAAAUGACAAUAUUAGCAGCUCUCAA